AGAGUACAUGGUUUUGAGAGGAGUUUGGUUUUGAUGUAAGAGUACAUGGUUUUGAGAGGAGUUUGGCUUUGAUGUAAGAGUACAUGGUUUUGAGUGGAGAAUUUGGUUUUGAUGUAAGAGUACAUGAUUUUGAGAGGAGAGUUUGGUUCACAUAACUCAAGAUGCUGUGCCAUUUUAAUGGAACUCUGCUGAUCAGUGUACUCCCUCCACUGCUGGUGACGGAGAUUGUUUUGGGAAUCAUUGGCAAUGGUUUUGCUCUCUGGGUCUUCCUGAUCCACCUGAAGCCAUGGAAGAGCAGCACGGUGAUACUCUUCAACCUGGCAGCGGCUGAUUUUCUGCUCAUCUUGACUUUGCCUUUCCGUGCCAGCUACUACAUGUCCGGGCUCAGCUGGACGUUUGGAGCCGGUGUCUGCAAUAUCUGUCUCUUCAUGCUGGCAAUGAAUCGCACUGGGAGUACGUUCUUCUUGAUGGCCAUCGCUGUUGAUAGAUACAUGCGUGUUGUGCAUCCACAUCAUCCCAUCAACUCUAUAAGUGUCUCUAAAGCCAUGUUUGGAGCACUUGCAAUAUGGUUAGUCACCAUUUCAAUGACUGCUCAUAUCUUCACUUUAAAACAUGACAUGACCCACUGUGAAAGCUUCAGGAUUGACACUGAGCCCAACCAUAAUCUGAAUUGGCACAAGAUUGAGUUUCUCUUUUCCUUCUACUUUCCUUUGUUUGUGAUUCUCUACUGCACAUUCAACAUUAUUAGCCACCUGAGAGAGAGAAAGCUGGCCCAGCAUGCAAAGAUCAAGAAAGCUCUGUGCUUCAUCACACUAGUCGUGGUGGUCUUCAUCACUUGCUUCCUCCCAAGCAACAUCGUGCUGCUGCUGAUUUGGUUCAAGACCUCAAGAGGCACCCUAUCCGAAUCUGAAAUCUGUCCUGCUAUGGAGGACCUGAACUCUGGAUUUUACAUCUCCAUCAGCCUGACCAAUCUCAACAGUGUGUUAGAUCCUGUGGUCUACUACUUCUCCACCCCUGCCUUCAAGAACAUCUGCCGCAAAGUGCUUCACCUGCCCCAAGCAGAGCCCACUGGAACCACGGAGGGGAAAACCAGAGAAACCGGCUCCCAGUCGCUCAGUCAGCUGUGAUCCCUAAACCAAGGAAAUGAGCUGCAACUCCCGAGCUAAAAGUUCUGAUUAAAAGUAACACAAUUUUAUUUGCUGUUGCACUCAUAUGACAA